AUGUCGCCUGUACUUCCGAAAUUACCAGCCCAGUUUGCGCAGGCUCUCGAGCUCAUUGACGAUGCGCAUGCGCAAGAUAAGCGCGAGGCAAAGAAUGUCGGCGACGAAAAGGUGCCCUAUGAGCUACACUAUGCCAAGAAAAUGACCUCGUGGCUGGCAACUCGCUGUCCAGAGGCUUCCCCCGUCUUACAAGUCGCAUGCCGUGCGCAACACUUUAGACGCUGGGAAAUUCCACGAGAUUCAUUCCCCAUGACCCGACCAGGGUACUUGACCUGGCGCGCAAAGCAAAAGGCACAGGCCGCCUCCCAAGUAGUAGACUUGCUCGGCACCUCUGCGAUACAGCCAGCCAUUCCCGAAGAAGACCGCGCUCGCGUUGCGGCGCUGAUCCGAAAAGAGAAGCUCGACUCGGACCCCGAGGCGCAGGCCCUAGAGGAUGUCGCCUGCCUCGUUUUUUUGGACAAUCAUUUUGAUGACUUUGAGAAGCGCGAUGACGUUGAUGAAGACAAAAUGAUCAACAUUCUGAGCAAGACUUGGGGCAAGAUGAGCCCGCGAGGCAGAGAGAUUGCGCUGGAAAUGAAGUUGAGCGACAGGGCAAAGGUUUUGAUCGGGAAAGCACUGGCAAGCGCGUAG